AUGUCAACCGCGGCUUUACAGUCGAGUAAACGUUCAUUAGUUAAAUUACGGACAUUUACAUUACAUAUUGAUUGUGCAUAUGCAUCAAAUGAUGCAUCAAUUCGAUCAUCGCCAAAACAAUCAUCAUCGUCGGUUACAUAUGUAGGUGAUAAUUUACCCAUUAAUAUGGGUUUAAAUGAAGUUAAAUCACUUCGAUUAACUGAUAUGAGACGUGGUGGUGGUGGUCGAUCAAGUUUUAGUGGAAUUGUAGCAACAGUUUUUGGCGCACAAGGAUUUGUUGGCGGUGCAACUGUUAAUCGACUUGCAAAAGAAGGUUCACAAAUAAUUGUACCCUAUCGUGGUGAUGUUUACGGUUUACGAGAACUUCGUGUACUCGGUGAUCUUGGUCAAAUCCUAUUUACACCUUUUCAUGGUAAAGAUGAAGCAUCGAUUCGUCGUGCUUUAGAACAUUCAAAUGUUGUUAUUAAUUUAAUUGGUCGACAAAGUGAAACUCGAAAUUUUUCAUACGAUGAUGUUCAUGUUAAAAUGUCUCGAACAAUAGCUCGAUUAUCACGUGAAUGUGGUGUACAACGUCUCAUUCAUUUUUCAGCUUUAAAUGCUAGUCCAAAUCCACCAGCCAUUAUCUUUCGAAAACCAUCAAAAUUUCUUACGUCAAAAUAUGCUGGAGAAUUAGCUGUUAGAGAAGAAUUUCCUGAUGCAACAAUUUUUCGACCAUCAGCUAUUUUUGGAAAUCAAUAUAGUGAUGGAUUUAUUGCAUAUCAUUUUUCUAGAUGGGUUCGACCAUUAUCUUAUCUUCGUGUUCCACUUUAUGCAUCAGGAGAAAAAACUGUUAAAGCACCUGUAUAUGUUACUGAUGUUUCAAAUGCAGUUUAUGCAGCUGUUCGAGAACCAAUGAGUGUUGGACAAACAUAUGAAAUUUAUGGACCUGAACGUUAUCAAUUACGUGAAUUAAUCGAAUAUUGUUUACGAUAUAUGCGUCGAAAAAGUAUUAUUACACCAUUAACACCAGAUGUUUUCGCGAAAGCAAUAGCAAAUUAUACAUUUCAUAAAAGUCUUUACAAUGUCGAUCGUAUGCAAUGCGCUUAUGUUUCCGAUACAUAUACACCUGGUUUACCAACAAUUCGUGAUUUAGGUAUUGAACCAACAAAAUUUUCGGAUGCAAUUGGAAAUAUUAUGGCUUCAAUGAGAAAAAGCGGUCGAUAUGUUGAAAAUCCGGAAGAUUUCAUAAUACCUGAUCCACCAAAACCAGUUUCACAAGAAUUCGAACUUUCAUAUAAUGUAUCCUAUCCUUAG